AUGCCGUUGCGACCGAUGUACGGCGAGGCACCGCCUGUCGUGUCCCGACGGUUCUACAGCAACUUCUUCCAGUGGACCCUGCUGCUAUCGCCAACCAAGCCAUGUCUCGCUCGCGCGGGUCAACGCUUCUACACUGCUUCAGCUCGACGACUUGCCGACGAUAGACAGGAGCGAGCUUCAGAACCCCUUUUCCGGCGGACAACUGGUCAUACCACGCGGACAAUACGACCACUGCGGCGCGAAAGAGCGGGCGGGCAAUCGGGCAGUCCAUCCAUGCGAUCACUGCGGCCUAGCCAGACCGAACAUGCCAACAACGACCCGUGGGAAAAUGGUGAGACGCAGUCGUCGAUCGAGAAACCGUUCGAUACGUUUGAGCCCUGGGAAGAGGUCGUGAGGUACAACUCCACUGCGGGUGUGAUGCUGGAGGUCGCUGUGCCUCCUGAAUCCAUAGAAUUGCUGCAGAGGGAACAUGGGAGCAUGGGGGUCAUCAGACGAGAAUUUGGUGCUACGUUGGAGCUCGGACAGACAUUCAGCAAGGCGAGUGCGGACGGCAACUUGAUCCGAGUGCGGUCUCUGUUGAUCUCGGGUACCCACCAGGAAACACGAGCUAUCCUCAGGUUGUUGAGAGGCCUGCAACCGUCAAAGAGAGUCCCAGAGCAUGUCCCUGCAGCCACGGCACAGUAUUCUCAGAGCUCUGAUGUCAAGAUCGCUCGCGCGCCCACUAGGGCCAUCUCGCAGUAUCAGGAGCCGACUUUCCUGCGGGAGCGGGACCGGGAGCCGAAGACCCAAGACAAUCGGCCUUCAACGUUGCUGGACGAGUGGGAGGGAACGCCUGACCAAGGCUGGCUUCUUCAACUACUUGCGCCCGCCAAGGAAUGGCUUGAUGUCUGUGCUCGCAUUGACUUCAAAGGUGCAUGCGGUGACUUGCGGGCUCAUAGCGGUCUCAUCGUUGCCGACGACUCUGAGGCGGGCCCUGACAUCCGUGAUCGUCCCACCGUAAUGGUGACUAUCGAGGGCACUCGGAAUUCGGUCCAAUUUCUUCUCACAUUAAUCAGAGAAGGGCGCUUUUUCUCCAAGAUAGAGACAAAUGCGAGUAAAAACGAUGCGACUUUCCGACUUGGAAGCCCGCUCAUUCCCCACCACGAACAUGGAGUGCAGGACAUGCGUAAAUGGGAGUGCGUGCUACGUGAACGCACUGCAGAUGGGCAUGGAACGGUUCAACUUGCAGCACCAGUACAAACGUGGCGUGCCAUGCUGGCACAUUCGACCGCUAUCGCAACAAAGGUACAACACCUGGACAUCAAGCUUCACGUCGAGCCCGUUACUGAGAAUGGUGAAAUGGUGUCGGUCCUACUCACAGGCGCUUUACGCUCCAUCAGAGUUGUGUUGAGUUCCAUCAAGAGUAAACGUAAUGACCCGGACCACCCCUGGCACGCAAAUGCAUCAUCGAAGACAACGUCUCUGCAAGGAGAGAGACAAGACGAUCCCCAGACAUCCGUCCAACUGCAGCAAACAAGCACGAAACGCGAAGAAUCUACCGAGGAAGCUGCGCAACUUGUUGAAGACACGAAGACGGCCCUUCGCCACCUCACCCACCCGGUGGUGUUGAUUACCUCCAGAGCCAAAAGAGGUGAGCGAGGGCGCCACAUAGUAGAGGACUAUCGAGGGAUGACCGUCUCAUCGUUCAACUGUGUCGCCCUCGGCCGGGAGCCUAUUGUGUCUUUCAAUAUCAAGACCCCUAGUCGCACAUGGGAUGCCAUUGAGAAGUCACGUCGGUUUUGCGUCCACUUUCUUACCGCUACGCCACCUGGUGCUGCCAUUGCCCACGCCUUCACGCAGCCGUACGACUCCCCAGAGACCCCAUUUCAACGCCUGACAACGAGGGGAGCUUACAUGAUAAAAGCACAAGAUAGCUUCAAACCACCCAUGAUCCUCUCUGCAGGCGUCUCGUUUUGGCUCAUGGCGGACUUAGUGCCACGAAAAUGCGUCAGUGUGGGAGACCACAAAAUUGUCGUGGGAAGUGUCAGCUGGGUCAAGCGGUUGGACCCAAAGCACCGCAAAGCAGACGAGACUACUGAAGGCUUAGCAUACGCAAUGAGGGGUUACCGAGGGAUCGGGGUGGAAAUCGAGCCGGCAGAGUCGAUCAGCACGGUGAUGGAAGCUUCUGACGACGCCGACGCGGCUCUAGACCAUCCUGAGGAAGGACAUGAAUCAGAUGGCAUCAAUGAUGGCUCAUUCGAUGCAAUACCACAGGCCAGGGAGGACGACGUCUUUCUUGCCAAUGAGGCCUCCGAAGAGAGAGAGGCCUCAGAUGUUGGCAACACAUUCGAUGAGCAAGCCCUCCCCCAGCAACGCGUACGGGCGGGCGACGCAGAUACCAGUGUGGACGUGACAUCCCCCGAAACGACUUCGGCCGAUGACACAUCUACUGAAGAGGCUGAGGCUGAGGCUGAAGCCGAGGUUUUGGAGACUCGCAACGCUGCAGAGCCCAAGGACAAUUCUGAGUUUGAGACUGAGGCUUUCUUUGAAGAGAUGUCUCGUGCUCCUGAUGGAGUGGAGGAGACUUCAGAGUCCAACUCGUCGGGUUCGACCGCUCUUCCACAGCGACAAGCCGAAGAGCAAGGAGUGAAAGCCCAGCAUCCUGAACCCAAGGCACGAGAGCCAGCAAUUGAUAGCGGCAAGCCGGGUAAUGCAGAUGGUGCCGCUGCGGAGCAGCACAGACUUCCGGAACACCCUCACUACAACGCAGAGCCCUCAAUGUCUCCAGUCAAAGGAGCUUGGCGUGGACCGUCGCAAGCUUGGGGUCUGGGCUCCAGGUCUUCCUUCUCGACCUCAGCAGCUCAACGAACACGCUCUUACAGCUCCAUGGCCCAAAAUGCGGAGCAUCGAGCUGACCUGCAAUCCCAAGUGGCCCAUCCCAGCCUGCUUUCUACCACCGUGGCCGACUUCCUAGGUGAGACAUCUCACCCUCUCCAUCAAAAGCCACGGAUGCGGAGCAUGAUGCGCGAGCAAAGAGAAGCGGACAAGGCUUCGCGGCGGCUCGAGCGAGCGCUUGCAGACGGCACCCUUACUCCAGAGGAGAGCACGCGACUGGAGACAGUGGUUGUAAAGAGCGAGCGGCGCAUUGCUCGGAAGCUCGCAAAGAGCUCUGCUGUGGAUCUGCGUGCUAUGCUUGACACUGGUCGCAUUGUUGACAACUUCCGAGCGCAAUGGUUGGAGAGUAGUAUCGAAAAGGGUCUCGCGGUGCUGUUGCAGGAAGCGAAGCGACUACGGGAAGCACUGGAUAACAAGUGGAUCACUGCUGAGGCGUUCGAAGCGGUAAAGAAGAGGUUGGAGGAGGAGCAUAUGCUCUUGAAUACUGAGGUGAUGAGGUUGAGGCAGAUGGUCGACGAGGAGUCGGAGGAUGGCGGUGGGAUGAGCAGGGACGAAGGGCGGGGCUGA